UCUUUUGACCUGAAGAUCAGUUCCAAGGUCACUGACGACAAGGAGAGACUAUAUUAUCUUGAGCAACAUAUGGUAGAGGGCACUAAGCCAUACCACAUCGUCGCGAGCUGUCUCUACAGGGAAGAUGGCUAUGCUGAGGCAAGAAGGCUGCUCCAGAAGAGGUACGGGCAGCCAAGUACUCUGGCAUCUUCUUACUUGAAGAGAAUCGAGGAUCAGAAACCAAUUGGAAAUGACGACAGUGAUGCUCUUGACAGGUUUGCCAUACUCCUGACCUCAUGUAAAAAUGCAUUAGAAGGGAGUCAUCUGAUGGAUGAUCCUAAGACUCUGAGAACCAUCACCACGAAGCUGCCACACUAUCUGAUCCACCACUGGCGUCGGAGAGCAGAUGACAUUGAAGAACACGGAAGCAAGGCAACAUAUGAAGAUCUGGUUGAGUUUGUAACCAAAGAAGCAAGAGUUGCAUCGAAUGCUGCGUUUGGCCAGCACAUGUAUGAGACGCAGCAGAAGAAGUCAGAACGCCUGAGGCAGACUCCUCAGACGUACAAGCAGAAGCCCAUGGUGGCGGCUACCAGAGCAGAACAUGGAGUCAAAAACAGGGAUGGUCCUCCAACAAGGGAGUGUGGAUACUGUGGAAGAGAGGGUCAUCAAGUAACAGAGUGCCACCGGCUUGCUGAAGUUCCGUGGCCAGAGAAGAGAGACUUUGUGAUGAGGAUGGCAUUGUGCUUCAGUUGUCUGAAGCAGGGGCACAGGAGCAGUGAGUGCAGGUGGAGAGCAACCUGUAGAACGUGCCACAGGAGACAUCCAACAUCUCUUCAUCGUCAAGUGAGCGCUGGUGAAGAUGAACAUCAACAGCUUCAGCAACAGGAGCAACCUGGUAGUCAGCAGAGGGGGCAGGUCAGUUCAGCAAAUGUCACAUCAUGUAAGACAGCAGUUGAUGCCUCCAGCACACCAGUCCUUCCAGUCGUUCCUGUCAUCGUGCAUAGCCCUCUAGGACAGACAAGGACGUAUGCAUUCUUAGAUAGUGGCUCGACACACUCAUUCAUAUCAUCAGCACUUUUUAAUGAGGUGGGCAUGAACAGUGUUCCUCGUACACAUCUCUCGCUCACCACAGUAGACAGAGACGUCAGUGUGGAGACCCAGGCUGCUGAUGGAGUGUGGAUUUCUGAUUUGCAGGGAGAGAACCAGUUGCAACUGCCGACACUUUUCACUCUCGCCAACAUCCCAGUGGCAGAAAGAGACUUCCCGACGGUGUCAGAGGUGCGUAAGUGGGAGCACUUGAGAGAUCUUCCUCUGCCGCAGCUGGAGAAUCGACAUGUGGGCCUGUUGCUGGGCGCUAACGCCUUCCUGGCGAUGGAGCCGCUUGAAGUCAUACCGAGCAGAGCUGGGAGUCCGUACGCAGUGCGGACCAGGUAUGGCUGGACGCUGGGAGGCUUGAGAAGCGGUCCACAGACAUCGUCGAUUGCGAGAGUGUGCAGGACGUCGGUGAAGACCGAUCAGGAGCUGGAGCGUAUGAUCGAGCAGAUGUACAAUUCAGAGUAUGAAGAGAAUUUGAACUCUACGAAGAAGGGAGCAUCUGUAGAGGACAGAGAAUGGCAGAAGAAGGUGGAAGAGUCUAUCUACUCUGAGGACGGACACUACGUGAUCAGUCUUCCUCUCACUGAAGACAAGCUGAAUCUCCCAAACAACAUCGAAAUGGCAAGAGGGAGACUGGAAGGACUAAGAAAGAAGUUCAAGAGAAACGAGAAGCUCGCAGAAGGAUACAGAAACAGCGUAAAGGAGAUGAUAGACCUGGGAUAUGCAGAGCCAGUACCACAGGACUGCUUGCAACGAGAUGAUGGUUUCGUGUGGUACCUACCUCAUUUCGCUGUUGAACACCCGCGGAAGCCUGGAAAGGUUCGUGUCGUGUACGAUUGUGCGGCAAAGUACAGGGGUGUGUGCUUGAAUGACUUCCUGUUACAAGGACCAGAUCAAACCAAUUCACUCAUGGAUGUUCUGAUGCGGUUUCGAACCGAGAAGGUCGCCUUUAUUGGCGAUAUUCAGAGCAUGUUCAAUCAGGUGAGGGUGCCAGAAGCUGACCGUGAUCUUUUGAGGUUCCUCUGGUGGGAUGGGGGUGACCCGGAGAACAAGAUUGUGCAGUUCAGGAUGACGGUCCACUUGUUCGGAGCCAGCUCGUCUCCCAGUGUGGCAUGCUAUGCCCUCAGGAGGACUGCAAGCGACCAUGAGGAUGCGUUUUCUCCAGAGGCCAUUUCUACUUUAAGGAGUAACUUCUAUGUGGACGACGUAUUGAAGUCCUGCCCUACCGAGGAAGGUGCAGCACACCUCGCCCUGGAGCUGAAGGAGCUGUGUCAGAAGGGAGGCUUCAACCUCACGAAAUUCAUGAGUAACAGCCAAGCUGUGGCUUCAUCAUUUCAGACUGAAGACAGGUCCAAGGAACUGAAGCGGUGGUCCGGUCCGGAAGAGCAACUCCCUGAAGAGCGGGCGCUCGGAGUCAUCUGGCAAACUGAAGCAGACAGACUGAAGGUCUCUGUCGAUCUGGAGAAUCUUCGCUCAAAGUCACUGACGAGAAGAGGACUUCUAUCAGCGGUGAGCAGUCUAUACGACCCGUUGGGCAUGAUUGCACCAACAGUCUUUUCAGGUCGGCUCAUCCUGCAGGAGCUAUGCCGACGACAGAUUCUGUGGGAUGAAGACUUGCCUGACACCCAGCGACAGGAGUGGAUGGCGUGGCUGUCCAGCGCUGCAGCAGCGGACUCUGUAUCUGUUCAGAGGAGCAUGAUACCUGACGGCUUCGGUGAGGUGCUCCGGUAUCAGAUUCACCACUUCGCAGACGCGAGUGAGAAAGGAUAUGGCACAGUGUCGUAUGUGAGGAUGGUGAACUCAAGUGGGCGUGUUCAUUGCUCUUUCUUGAAAGGAAAGUCACAUCUGGCGCCGUUGAAGAAGGUGCCGAUCCCGCGCCUAGAACUGAUGGCGGCUGUAACAGCAGUGAAGAUGAGCUCAAUGAUAACAGACGCUGUGGAGUUUGUGAGCCCAGGACAUGCGGUGACUGAAGAGCUGUUCUGGACAGACAGCACCACCGUGCUCCGGUACAUUCAGAACAGGAAAACAAGAUUUCAAACUUUCGUGGCCAACAGGUUGGCCAUCAUUCACGACAGCACGAAGCCAGAACAAUGGAGAUAUGUCCCCAGUGAGCUGAACCCAGCUGAUGAUGCCUCCAGAGGCGUCCAAGGCGAGAGGUGGCUGGUCGGACCCCAGUUCUUGACACUGGGAGAAGAAGACUGGCCAAAGGCACCGCCAGCUAUGGACAAGCUGACAGAUACUGAUCUAGAGGUGAAGAGAGCAACAAGUUGUGCGAUUGCUGCGACUGAAGACGAGUCUGCGGACAGGCAAGAUCCCAUGGAGAAACUGGUGAACUACUACAGUGACAAGCACUCUCUGUUAAGAGGCUUGGCCUGGCUUCUUCGCGUUCGACAGCGUCUUGUGAAGAAGACCCGGCCGUCGCCAUCACGACUCGAAGCAGCUGAGCUACGAGAGGCAGAGAGACUGUUGAUCAAGUGGGUUCAGAGGAGCAGCUUUCCCCAGGAGUACGCGGAUCUGGAGAAGGGACGACCAGUCUCAAGGAGCAGCAGGAUCGCCAUACUCUGUCCAGUCAUGGUGGAUGGAAUCAUGCGUGUAGGUGGAAGGUUGCAGAACGCUGACGUAGCGUCUGAGGUUAAACACCCCAUCAUACUUCCGAGUGAGGGACAUUUCACAGAGCUGGUUGUACAAGAGGCCCAUGAGAGGACUGGGCACUCGGGCCGACAGCUGGUGUUAUCGAAGCUGCGGAAUCGUUUCUGGAUUGUACGCGGCAGCACGUGUGUCCGAAGAGUUCUUCGUCAGUGUGCAGUCUGCCGCAGACAUCAGCCUCCAGAAAGUCAGAAGAUGGCCGACUUGCCCAUGGAUCGUGUAGCAUUUGAACCAGCAUUCACACACACAGGUGUGGAUUUCUUUGGUCCUUUCCAUGUGAAGCAGCUCAGAAGUAGAGUUAAACGAUAUGGCGUCAUAUUCACAUGUCUUUCAACAAGAGCAGUUCAUAUAGAAGUAGCGGAAGACUUAUCAUCGAACUCAUUCAUCUGCGCGCUGCUCAGGUUCAAGUCCCGGAGAAUCCAUGUGAAAUCGCUGAGAUCAGAUCAAGGCACGAACUUUGUAGGAGCGAGUAAAGAGUUGAAACGAGAACUUCAGAAGCUGAAAGAAAGUGAAGAGUCAGUCCACAAGACGAUGUUGAAGCAUGAGAUUGAAUUCAAGUUCAACACAGCGGCAGCAAGCCAUCACGGAGGAGCGUGGGAGCGCCAAAUCAGGUCUAUCAGGCGGAUCUUGGACAGACUGCUGACAACGCAGAACCUGAAGGAGGAGACGUUGACGACACUUCUCUGCGAGAUUGAAUCUAUAUUGAACAGCAGGCCCCUGACUCCUGUCUCCUUUGAUCCAAGGGACCCAGAACCGCUCACCCCGAACCACCUUCUGAACUUGGGCACUGGUAGCGUGAUGAUGCCGUUCGGGCUAGUAGAGGACGGUGAUGAUAGUGGUCGUAGGCGUUGGAAGCAAGUGCGCUAUUUAUCAGAGAUGUUUUGGAAAAGAUGGAGGGCAGAGUACUUGCCGCUCCUCCAGGGCAGGCCUAACAUGGUGACGAGAAUGCGAGCGAAUCUAGCGGUAGGUGACACUGUUCUGAUCUCGGAUAGCGCUGUACCGCGUGGGCAGUGGCCGCUGGGCCGAGUUGUAGCAGUUAAGGUGGGCGCAGACGGGUUAGUCCGCUCGGUAGAGGUGAGCACACGUGGCCUGGUGCUCCAACGCCCUAUCACCAAGUUGGUGAAGCUGUACGGUACGCAGUAAGGUCACGAGUCGUUCUGAAACUGUGCUAUCUUUGGUUUCGUGUUAAACUGGGUGCAAUGUGAUGUAUGAUUAUAUGUUAGGAUUAAGUUCGUUGCUGUUACAUGCCAAGUGUAUUGAUGUACAAACCGUUGACUUGUGAGCGCUACCUCUCUGUUGAAGUCUGGUGCCUUCAAGGGGGAGGGUGUAGCGGCCAGCGCUAGGUCAACAGUGAGCGCCACCCUUGUCGGAACCGUUGGUUCGGGAUCGCUCCUAUAGGUGUCAGAACCAGCGACUUGUUGACGGUUGUGCCCGGCGCGGUGGUUCGCAUUUCGAGGCCUAUUUUCUGUGCGGCCGAUGUCAUUUCGAGGUCAAUCUGUUUCAGAGCUAGUGAUGUAGUGAUGUUUGAAUAACAUUCGCGCUUGAUGGCGGCGAGAGGAACUGCCGUCUCUCUUGGUGAAGUUUGACACGCCUAAACCGUCGAAACCAUGCAUGCAUGCGUGCUGAACAUGCUGGAAUACAUGAGCAUGAGUGGACGAACGGCGUAUUUCAAGUAAAGUGAACCUAGGCGUAUGCGCGGGCGCCUA